UACUUCCGUGUACUGGACUAGACGUGGCCCUGCGAACUUCAUAUCAACCACUCAUGCAGCGUUGCCUCACCCUGACCCUUGCCCAGCACAGCAAGCUCCUCUUGAGAAAUAAAUUAGUAUCUGUUCACUGCAAGCAGUCAGCAGCCAUGUCAGGUCUUCUCAUCAACCAGCCCAAAUACUCCUGGCUGAAAGAGCUGGGCCUGUCUGAGGACAACCCUGGUGUUUACAACGGGAGCUGGGGGGGCAGCGGUGAGGUCGUCACGUCGUACUGCCCCGCCAACAAUGAGCCGAUUGCCAGAGUAACCCAGGCAACUUUGGCAGAGUAUGAAGAAACUGUCCAGAAGACGAGAGAGGCUUGGAAGAUGUGGGCAGAUAUUCCAGCUCCCAAAAGAGGGGAGAUUGUGCGGCAGAUUGGAGACGCACUUAGAAAGAAGAUUAAAGUCCUUGGAAGCCUGGUGUCUCUAGAAAUGGGCAAGAUCUACGUUGAGGGAGUGGGGGAGGUUCAGGAGUACGUUGAUGUCUGUGAUUAUGCUGUCGGUCUGUCUAGAAUGAUUGGUGGGCCCAUCCUGCCUUCAGAAAGACCAGGGCACGCUCUGAUCGAACAGUGGAACCCAGUUGGUCUUGUCGGCAUCAUCACUGCCUUUAACUUCCCUGUGGCUGUCUACGGCUGGAACAAUGCCAUCGCUCUGACCUGCGGCAAUGUCUGCCUCUGGAAAGGAGCUCCAACCACACCUCUAACAAGUGUUGCAGUUACCAAGAUUGUGGCUGAGGUUCUGGAGCAGAACAACCUGCCCGGUGCUAUCUGCUCCAUGACCUGCGGAGGCGCCGAUAUCGGCACAGCCAUGGCGAAGGAUGAGCGCGUGGAUCUGUUGUCCUUCACUGGCAGCACCCAUGUCGGCAAGAUGGUGGCCAUGAUGGUGCAGGAAAGGUUCGGCCGUAAGCUGCUGGAGCUUGGUGGAAACAAUGCAAUCAUUGUGUUUGAGGAUGCUGACCUUAAUCUUGUGGUUCCCUCCGCUGUCUUUGCAUCUGUGGGAACCGCUGGCCAGCGCUGCACCACAACCAGGAGGCUGAUGCUGCACGAGAGUGUUCACGACACAGUGGUUGAGAGGAUCACCAAGGCCUACAAACAAGUCCGCAUCGGAGACCCGUGGGAUCCCAGCACCCUGUAUGGACCUCUGCACACCAAACAAGCUGUGGAUCAGUAUCUGGCAGCAAUUGAGCAGGCCAAGAAGCAGGGUGGCACUCUGGUCUGCGGAGGAAAGGUGAUGGACCGCCCUGGAAACUAUGUGGAGCCCACCAUCAUCACAGGGCUGGCUCACGACGCUCCCAUUGUCCACACCGAAACCUUCGUCCCCAUACUGUACGUCCUCAAGUUCAAGACAGAAGAGGAGGCAUUUGCCUGGAACAACGAGGUCCAGCAGGGCCUGUCCAGCAGCAUCUUCACCAAAGAUAUGGGUCGAGUGUUCCGCUGGCUGGGGCCCAAGGGAUCAGACUGCGGCAUCGUGAACGUCAACAUUCCUACAAGCGGAGCUGAGAUCGGAGGAGCCUUUGGUGGAGAGAAACACACAGGUGGUGGAAGAGAGUCUGGCAGCGAUUCGUGGAAGCAGUACAUGAGGCGUUCAACCUGCACGAUAAACUACAGCAAGGAUCUUCCUCUGGCUCAGGGAAUCAAGUUCGAGUGAAGCCCUCGAUGAGCCCAUAAGGACAACACUACAUGAUUUAUUGACGUGGUGUUGGCUAGAAAGUACUAGACAUUUUGUCAUUGCGUUUUUGCAUUCAGAAAGGUCAGUUUGAAUCUCUAACAGAAAACCGAUUUUUGGAUCAGUUUAAACUUUCCUGUUUCACAUCUCUCUGUUGGUUUGCAUUAGAUUUUAAUCCUGGUUUUGAAAUAACAGUUUGAAAAUAGUUUUGUGUGAAAGGUCAAACAGUGUUCUUUGAAAUGGCUUGUAUGCACUUUUCUAUAAGCACUUAGAAAGUGAAUUUGAGUGAUAACUGUACCAGAUACUUUAUACUGUGUAAAAAACAUUAAAAAAAAUAAAUUGUUCCUUUAUUUUGGAU